GCCCCGGAGCGAUUACAAGGCAGCCAACAUGCAAGCGCAAGACGCCUGCUCCCUGUCGUGGCACGUCUCUCAUUUUACGCGACCUCCUCCUCGCCCGCGCUACUCCACCCCCGCAGCAGCGGCAAGCGAGGCACAAUCACAAGCCGACUAAGGUCGGGCAAAAAGAAAAACAAGAAAAAGCGAAACGGAUUCCCAGCAGACGACGUUGUACGAUAGGGUCGGCACCCACGGCCAGCGGGGACGGAGGCACAGGCAGUGCAGCUGGCGCUUUCAUCGCCUUCAUAUAAACUGCGGCCAAUAUGCGCGAUCCGACAAUGGUGGUCACAGUGUUUCUGGUGUUCGCUACGACGUGUCCGCUCCCGAAAGGCGAUGCCGGUGCCGUGGCGGCGGUGCGGGCCUCCGACCAUGGGCAGCCGCCGCACGGAAGAAGCCGGCGAGACGCCACGACGAACAGACCCCCAGAUCAGGCGCCGGCGAAUCCAAAAGGCCUGGACAUGAGCCCCGAUCUGUGGCACAGUGUUCCUCCGUACCUCAAGCAGGUGCUGACGUCCAUCGACGACCGGCUGCGCGGUCUGGACGCAUUCGGGUCAGCGCUGCGGCUCACAAGACUCGACUUCUCGCUGGAACAAGUGCAACGCAAGCUGGACUCCUUCGACAGCCGACUGGGCAGGCUGGAGGCCAAACUCGACGUGAGACUCGAGAAAGUCGAGGAGGCGCUCAGCGGUCGCGGAAAAGACGCCGCAUCGUCGUCACAGCAGCAGCAGCAAGGUGCCGCGGAUGCCUUCCACCUGAGCCGCCGCUUCGACAUGCUUGCCGACAAGCUGAACAACAAGCUGGCCUUCCUGGAGACCAAGCUGGACAUGCGCGCCGACCGGCUGGCCAACAAGCUGGAACUCCUGGAGCGCGACUUGCAGGACGCCUCGGAGGACGUACUCGAGAAAAUGGCGCGCGGAGACGAGGCCCGCGCGCGGCUCCACGCGGACAUGUCGCGGUUGGCCGACAUGGCGGAGCGAGCGGACACUGCGCAGCGUCAGACGGCCACGGUGCUGCGUGUCGACGUGGCCGACGUCAUAAAGCGGGCCGACGCCAAGAUGGACCUGUUCAGCAACGAGAUGCUCGCGGCGAACAACAUGCUACGUGCGCUGCAGCAGCAGGGGAACGCCACGCAGCAGGCGGCAUCGUCCUGCCAGGCGAUGUCGGCCGAUGCACCCAGCUGGGAACAGGUGACUAACCUGACCGAGCUGGUGGAAAAGAUGGUGCUCGAGGGCGGCAAGCAGCUGCGCGAGAUCGACUCGGACGUGGAAAGCUACACGCGAAAGGUCAUCAACGGCAUCUACGAGCUGCGGCGCACCACCGACGAGCUGGUGCGGGGCGCCUUCCAGGACACCGUGGAGCAGGGCAAUCGCACCCGCGUCCUCGUGCGCGAGGAGUUCCGCAAGCUGCACGAGCAGAUCGAGCCGCUGCCGCUGAUCGAGCCGCGGCUCAGCUUCCUCAGCGAGGGGCUCGAGAAGCGCAUCGUCGAGCUAGGCGCCACGGUGGACCACAGCUUCGCCACGCUGCUCGUGGCGCAGAACUCCUUCAUCUCGUCCUGCCAUCGCAUCCAGGAAGAGGAGGUGCAGCUCUACGACCUGCUCGAGCGCAUCAUCCUCGAGAUGCGCAACCGGUCUCUGGGAGACACGCAGCGCAUCAGCGACGAGCUCCAGGAUCAUAGCCACGAGGUCGAAGCGCUCCUCAAGGGCGCUGUGAGCGCGGUCUUCGCGGCGGGCAACACGACGCUCGCGGAGGUACGCAACCUGCUCGGCAACCGCCGGGUCGACUGCAAGGAUCAGCCGUCGGCGCCCGGCGCUUCCCUGGCGGCCGAAGGCGGAACGACGAGGAUGACGUCGAGUGCUGCCGCGAUGACAGCUACGACGCCGCUGCCACCGGGUUCGGCCACGACACCGCCUUCUGCAGGGUCCCCCGCCGACAGCAGGACUCGGUACAGGUCCGCUGGUGCCGGCGAAGGAAGCGCCAGUGGCGUUGUGGCGUCGGCGGCGACGCAGGACUACGACUAUUACGGCGAAACGCUCAAAUAGGAGGCGACAAGACUCGACGAUAGGCUCGGUCGCGUUUUACAGACGUUUGUGCUGAUACCCAUUGUCGCCACUACAAGAAAUGACUGUUGAGUGGCGGUAAAGGUUAUCCGGUGUCAUCAGAAUUUUACGCAGCUAUUGCGUGUGCAGAUGCGCGCAAAGGACCGGAAAUGUGGGCACGUGCUACUCAACGAACAGUACGUGUUUGGAACGCACAAUACUUUUGAGUGCAGCAAAAGCGAAAUGGACAAAGAAAAUAGAAAGCUGUGAUGCCAGCAACUCAAAAUAAAUCGGAACUUAACGAAGUACUGUGUUGGGCUAGAUUAUGCAGAAUUUACGAAGGCUAUUUGGUGCAAGGUAAAAUUC